AUGGAAAUUAUAUUAAAAAGAAUAAAAGGACACAAUGAAUCAACUAUGAUGAUUAUCUAAUAAUUGUUUUUAAUUGAUUUGGAUAAUCGAAUGAUUAAUGAAGUUAAGAAAUAAAUAAAAUCAUUUUAAAAAAGAUAAUUUAUUACUGGUAAAGAAGAUGCCUCUAAUAACUAUUAUAGAGGUUAUACCUUGGGCAGAAAUCUGAUAUAUGAUUGUUUAGAAUCUAUUCUAAAGGAAGAUGAAAAAUAGAUUAUUUAGAUCAAUUUUUAAUAAUUUCAUCAAUAAUUGGAGGGACUGGAUCAGGUUUUACAUGAUUUCUUAUAGAAAGAUUAACACAGGAUAAUGGAAAGAAAAUUAAAAAAAUAUUUUUGUAUUAUAUCCUUCCUCAUAAAUAUCUUUUAACUUAAUCGAUAGUUUUAAUGCUGUCUUUUUAACUUAUAUGAUGACUGA